AUGGCUAUCACCGUAGGGCUCUUGCGGUGCGCUCCGGCUCUGCGCGGUGUUGCGGCAAGCAAGGCAGCUUGGCCGGUGUCGGCAUCCACUUGCUUUCGACUGCCUUGGUUUUGGUCGAGCGCUUGCUUGCCCACUGCUUCAUUUGUUCCCCCUGCUAGCAGCUUGCAGAGAGCAUCUAGAGCGAGUGCACGAGACGUAUCGCGAUCGGUAUGCAAGUCAAAGACUGCUCAGAUACUAGCACUACAUUCGCAACGGCCAAGUCGAGCUUGGAUACGCAACGGUGUUGGCUCGCAUUCGCGCAGCUUUUCAUGUUCUUGGCAAGUGCGCUCGCAACAGCCACCCACCGAUACGCAAACGUCGACGCCAUCACCAGCACCACGCUCACCGCCAAAACCUGCACUGUCCGAAGACAUACUGACUGUCCCCAAUAUGCUCACCAUCUCGCGUCUGCUGGCGACGCCGUAUAUCGGGUACCUGGUGGCAACGCAUCAGUUUGUGCCUGCGUGUGCACUCCUGUUUGUCGCCUCGCUCACUGACGUGCUUGACGGUUGGAUAGCGCGACGGACGCGCAAAUACACGGUGUUCGGAUCCAUCGCGGACCCGGCUGCCGAUAAAGCGCUCGUGACCACCAUGGUGAUCUCACUCGCGGUAUCCGGUAUGCUUCCGCUAUCACUUACCAUGAUCAUCCUCGGUCGCGACAUAGCUUUGGUGGUUUCAGCGUUUGUCAUCCGCUACCGCACUUUGGAACCGCCCAAAAGCGUGGCUCGCUACUUCAACCCGCGUCUACCCAGUGCAAGCGUCACUCCCACCACGAUCAGCAAAUACAACACAUUCCUACAACUCUUACUGCUAGGAUGCUUGACUUUGUACCCCAUCCUCUUCCCCGAACAACCACCACCCACCUUGAUGCCAAGCACCAACCACCACAUUCAUCCCUCCAGCCCCUACGGCUCCACUGUGGCAAAUGCAAAGCGCUACAUAGACCCCUCCCUCACAGCACUCAUGUGGAUCACAGCUGCAACAACCAUCUGGUCCGGCAUCGGCUAUCUAGGCGGCGCAGGAACAGCCAAAGUGCUCGCAACAAGCGCUUCCAACGUAUCCCAAAGGAUGAGGAGCUCGCUCAAGCCUCCAUCGCCACCGUCAUAG